AGCACAUCCCAGAGUUUCUCAGCCCCUGAGUGUGUCAAACAUUUCCUAUGGAUUGGAAGAAAGUUGCCUGAUGACAUGGUGCUGAGUCUUCCCAUUUCCAGCUGAGCUCUGGAAUGGCCAGUCAGAAAACAGAAGGUCAGACUCUGAUAUUGUAUAAUGAUUCAAUGAUAGAAGGAAUAAGUGAUCAGGUUCUGCUGGCAGUCGUGCUCGGCUUCACAUUCAUUGCUGCACUGACAUAUAUACUUUUCAGCAGAAAUGGGCAUCCAGAUAUUCAUCCAGAAAAUCAGGAACUAGUGAGAGCUGUUAGACAGCAAAUACAAUCAGAGCAGGAUAAUGCAGCUAGUGACAGACAGCGUUUCUACACUGAUAUGUCCUGCCCAGUGUGUCUGCAACAGGCUACGCUUCCCACUGAAACAAACUGUGGACAUCUAUUCUGUGGUCCCUGCAUUAUUGCAUAUUGGAGAUGUGGAUCAUGGCUAGGUGCGAUACAUUGCCCCAUCUGCAGACAAACGGUGACUUUAUUCUUACCACUCUUCACUGAGGGGCAUGAGGAUGCCACACAAGUGCUUCAGGAUGUCAAUGAUUACAACAGGAGAUUCUCAGGACAACCAAGAUCAAUUAUGGAAAGGAUUAUGGAUUUGCCCACGCUGUUGCGCCAUGCUUUCAGAGAAAUGUUUUCAGUCGGUGGUCUCUUCUGGAUGUUCCGCAUCAGAAUAUUCCUCUGCCUUCUGGGAGCUUUGUUGUACUUAGCAUCUCCCUUGGACUUUCUACCCGAAGCUCUGUUUGGAAUUCUGGGGUUUUUAGAUGAUUUCUUUGUGGUCUUUCUGCUGCUCAUAUAUAUAUCUAUCAUGUACCGAGAGGUGGUAACUCAGAGGCUGAAUCGAUGAAGGCAAGUGUCAGUGAAUAAUAUUCAGGACCAUUAAGGGCAGGGGGUGCUUUGCUAAAUGAGCCACUAUGAAGAAAAGCAUCUUGACACACUUUCAGUUUCUGCUGUUCAAUCGCUCCUAGCCAAACAUCUUAUGCAAGCAUGAGGAAUUGAAAUCAUGGUGAUUAGCGAACUGGAAUUUCAAUGUGUGUUAUAUAAAUGAGACUUAAUUCAAGAUAUAAUACAUGCCUACAUAUGUUUACAGCAGAUGAGUAUUUGUAUAUUAGUCAAGUUACUGAUAGUUUUAAAAGGGAUUUCUUUGGGAAUGUUUAACAAGAAGAGUAUUUGAAAGAGCUGAAUAUGUACUUAAGGCUCUGUUCAAUGUAUACUUUCAUAUUCAGUGUACAGUUUUGCAAACUACUUCAUGUUUCACCAUGGGCAUGAGAGGUUGUUUUUCAUUUUAAUAAAAAAACUUCAACAUCUUUGCCUGCACAACUAAUGUUCAAGCAAUACAAUUUUCAUAAAUAAGCUUGGACUGUGACAUAAUAUUGCACAAAGGUGGUAAGCACAGCAUUGCUUCAACUCCAGUAAUGUACAAUUAUAUGGAGUUUCUCUCCAUCUGUCCUUUGUACAAUAGAUGUGCACUGCCCAUUGCUGAGAGACAGAUCUUGAAUACUGUUUGCUCCAUGGUUAGUAAUGACAUGUGCUAUGAUUUUGCAUUGCAAAGGUCAACAACUUUGGGGAGUGAUUGAAAGCUAGUUUAGUGAGCUAACAGAAAGAGAUGGCCAGCUUGUGACCUAAAUGUUUUUGGAAUACAAUUCCCCACUUACCUUACUGUCCAGCUUCCACAAAAAUAGGCUACAGCUGCUAAGAAUUGAAAUUCAGCAUCCGGAGCACAACAGGUUACUCAGCCCUGGUUAGAAAACAUUUGAUUAAAACAUGACAUGGCCCUGUAAUCAUAGGCAGUACUAAUAGAAGCAUCGGCUGUCAUCGAUAUAUAAAUUAAGGGGCGGGAAUGGAUUUUAGGGUGAAUAUGCUUGAAAAAACAUUGGUAAUUGGGACCAUGGACAUCUAUCAGAGAAUCUUACUUCGAAAUAGCCUGCUAGAAGUAAGAAAGCUUGCUUUUGUUUGAAUAUGCAUAAAGCAAGGCUGCAUGCCUUCUAAGCAUGUACCACAUGGUUGUCCUGAAAAAAAUCUGAAAAACAUUGUUUCAGUCAUUAGUUAGAUUUAAAUGGUGGUUAAAGGAAGAGAUCAGGGCUGGAUGGGGGUAAAAGCAAAGUGGGAAUGCCAUGAUCUGUCAUCAAGGUGCCACCUAUUCAUCUAUUCAGACAUACUAAGAACAGUAACACUAGUGCAUUGAGUAGGGGAAGAGGAAAUAAAAUCUAAAUAAACUUAUUAGGAUAGCAUCUACCAAGCUUACAGGACCUACUUUCAAAAUAAGAAUAGAUUAUAUAAACUGAGAUAGAUAUUGUACAUAAUGCUCCUGCUUCCUUAUCAGCCAUAAAGUUUAUUCUUUAGUUCUUGAUAUCUGGCAAACUCCUGCUUAGGGGUAUUUAUAGGGGGAGAGAAAGAGGAUUUAACUUGUUGCUAAGAUACAUAGGCCUUAAUGGGAUUUUCUAGAACAGAUAUUGGGUCCUUCUUUUUAAUAUACUGAAUAGUGGUUAAUGUUAGCAAAGCUUUUAAUCAGAAGUUCAAGUGCUGAUUUUGAAUAGUGCUUUAAAGUGAUAAAUUGGCUAGGCUUAACCACUUCAAGUCAUGGUUAAUCAUGAAGUGAAAUUCAUGUCAAAUGAAGGGAUGUUGCUCUUUCCUGCCAAUGACAUAAAGGUGUUUAAGGAAGGACAGCAGUAUGUGCAAUUGUCUUUUAAUACUAACUUUAAAGAAACAGCAACAAGGUUUUUAAUUUAAUUUUUAAAAACCCUAAUACUCCUACUCACACAGCAGUUGUCUUUUAAAAAAAACUACUUGAAAAUAAAGUAUUUGGUCCUUUUAUAUUCAUUGUAAGGACCUUUUCAAAUAAUCCUUUUGUCAUCCAUGCCUCUGUUUUGACAUAAGGAUUCCAAGUGCCAAUGCACAAGUGUAUGUUCAAAUGCAUGGGUCAAGUGCAUUUGAGCAAUAACUUUUGUGAAGUUAUAUUGUGUUUCUCUGUUUUGAUUAAGGUCUUCUGUAAAAAAAAAAGCUUCAAUUCCCACAACAAAUGUUUAGCAUGUCAUUAAAUGCAGUCUUAAAUCUUUAAAUUAAUCAUAAAUAGUGGUUUGGGGUGGGGGUGGGAGUUAAAUAUUUGACUGUCCUAACCCAGUCUAAAGCUUAUGACAAUUUAUUCUAUCUAUAUUUGAUCUGACUUUAAAAAAAUGAAAUGGAGACAGAUAAAGACUAAUGAUGCAAAUACUUGAUUUUUUUUAGGUUGCCUCCAAUUCUUUUUAGUACUUUUUUGGUCUUGCCAUCACUAGUAGGUGGUAAUAAUUUUUUAAUGAAAUGUCCGAUGAUGUCACUUCACUCUGUAAGCCUUGUUUUAUGUUUGCCCAGCCCAAACUCUUCUUUGGAGUGAUAAAAGGAAAUACAAAAGGAUUACCAUAGAUAAAAGAAAUAAAGCACCUCAGCCAAGUAUAUACGAUUGCUUAAUGGGUUGUUUCAGUCUUUGAUAAUCUUCCGAAGCCUUUAAUGUACACCUGAAAGAGUUGUUGCAAAAUUAAAGGUCAGGUUAAACCUGCUACAUAUUGCCAGCUGUACUUUUAGGUUGGUUUUUUUUUUUGUGACAGGAGCGACUUGAGAAACUGAAAGUUUCUUCUGGUGUGAGAGAAUUGGCUGUCUGCAAGGACGUUGCCCAGGGGACGGCUGGAUGUUUUUGAUGUUUUACCAUCCUUGUGGUAGGCUUCUCUCAUGUCCCCGCAUGGAGCUGAAGCUGACAAAAGAAGGUCAUCCGCGCUCUCCGUGGGUUGGCUUCGAACUGGCAACCUUAGGAUCAACAACCCAGCCUUCAAGUCAGCAGUCUGCCAGCACAAGGGUUUAACCCAUUGCGCUACCGGGUGGCUGCAUAUUUAUAUGCAACGAUACCUAUGUUUUGAACCUACAAUGAUUUCAGUUGAUUACAGUAACCAGAAUUCUUUAGACACCUUAGUGCCCUAUAUCCCACCUGAGCUGACUUGGUUUAUCUCCUGCAUGUUUCACCAAUACCAUCAGGGAAGCCUUAGGAUGCCUACCAUACCAGAGGUAGUGUGAAUGUGAAUGUGUGAAUGUACCCGCAAUGUUUUCUUCACUACUGAUAAGUCAGUAGUGUGUGAUAAAAGGAAGGAUAAAUGCCAUUGAGCCAAGGGAACUUCUAAGGUUGGCUGAGUGCUUUUGAGGUUCUAGAAGUCUUUAAAAAUUGACAAUAUAGGAAAUCUUUUUCUUGGCAACUAUAGGGCAUUUAGCAGUUUGCCAACUAAUUUUGGCAACAAAAGUAUCUGUUAAAAAAAAAUAAAAGAAAGUCCCAUAUGUCCCAUUUUUCUUGGCUUCUGGAUACUAGGAUCAAAGAUUUCAGGGAUGAAGUGCUAGGAUUUUCUAAUUCAGCAAGGAGAGAGGUGCCAUUUAUCGCCAGUAUAAAGAUUCUUAUCAAUCCUGGGUUUAAUUAAAAUCCUUAUCAGUUUCUGGAGCAAGAUGAAAAAUGGAUUUGCCCAGCGGCAGUGUGUUUUCACUAGUCAUCCCGGUUUGUAAUUCAUAAUAUUUUGAGGUAGCUUGGUUUUUAUUGAGCAAUUUAAACCCGAUUAAUUUACAGAAUAGCCGUUCCUGGUAAAGAUUAAAACCGCUACAAAUAGUUGGUUAUGGAACAAUACAGCUGGCAGCAUUUUUAGGAUUUUUCCUCUCCGUCUGAAUAUGGAAUAUCACAUGAUAAGCACUUGUGCUUCGAAGGUUAGUCCACUCCACUGUUGAUAAUGCUCUGAUGCCUCUUCUACACAGCCCAUAUAUCCCAGGAUCUGAUACCAGAUUAUCACCUUUUCCCAGAUUAUCUGGCAGUGGGGACUCAUAUAAUCCAGUUAGAAGCAGAUAAUCUGGGAUCAGAUGCUGGGAUAUAGGGCAGUGUAGAAGGGGCCUGAGAAGUUGGCCUCAUGCCUCUGUAAUCUGUCACUACUCCGCAGUCCACUGUAGAUAAGUAUCUGUGCCCCUUGUAAAAAUAAGGAGGGCAUAUUCUGUGUUUAUUUCCAGUUCAUAUUCUGCACUCACAUAUCCUUCAUUGUUGGAAUUGUUUGCCUUUGCAAAACAGACUUUUUCUCUAGAUACAAAUUCACACUUAUGUACAUGUCCCAGAGAUACCUUGUUGAUUUCUUUCAGCUCACUUUUGUAUUUAACUUUUGCAUUUGUUGUAAAACUUUAUAUUUCUUUUUAAAAACUGGACUAAUCAGUGUCUUAUAGUAUGGAAAUGGUCAUAGGACCUGAUUAAAAUUUCAGUUUACUUCCGACAAGGAUCUGUGGAGGAUAAUCCCUGGAUGCUAUCUCGUUUUUCAAAUUAUUCUUCGGCCUUGAUUGAUAAUGUUUGAACGUGAACCACCUGAAUGUACUGCACACAUAACAUUGUCUUUAUUGCCUCUGAUAAUGGUUUCUAACCACUGUCAUUUCAUUAAUUCCCAAUAGACAUUAAUGCAAUGGUUCUACAACUCCCAGAAACCCCAGCCAGUUUACUAGCUGUUAGGAUUUCUGGGAGCUGAAAGCCAAAACAUCUGGGGAUCCACAGGUUGAGAAACACUGCGUUAAUGUCUUAGAUAACAGGGAUCAUUUCAACUCCGCAAUCAGACACUGUAUUGCAAUCAGGUAAUACAGCUUUCAGUUUUAUUUUAAGAUACUUUGCAUUCAGAUUAUUUUCCAGUAUUAACUUUGCAUGUUUUCUCACUCAGAAAACCUAUAGUUUGCAAACCAACUCCAUAUAAAAGAACUGGAUUAAACUAAUAAUGAUGUGGGAAGGGCAGUAUAUAUAGAUUUUGGGAAGAGGAAUUAGUUGUCUAUUUUUCCUCUUCCAGUUCCCCAGUUAUUGAUAUACACUCAACCCUCCAUAUCCAUAGAUUCAACUAUCCACAUCUUGAAAUUCCUUAAAAAAAACCCAAAAAGCAAAUCCUGGUUCUGCCAUUUUAUAUAAGGGACAUCUUUUUACUACACACAGUAUGUAAUGGGACUUGAGCAUUCACAGAUUUUGGUAGAUGCUGAACAUCCCUUACUCAGAAUUUCCAAAUUCCAAAUACUCCAAAAACAUCCAUAUGGAUAGCCAAAAUGGUGGGACAUUGGCUUUCUGGUGGUUCAACGUACCCAAACUUUGUUUACUACACUAAAGAUUUUUUAAUGUGUAUCCAAUUACCUUCAGGGUAUGUGUAUAAGGUGCAUAAGAAAUAUUUAAUUUUGUUUUUAGAUAUGGGUCUCAUCUUUCAGACAUCAUAUUAAGUGUAUGUAAGUAUUUCAGAAUCUGAAAUAUUCUGCUCCCAUGCAUUUUGGAACCAAACCACAGCAGAUAACAAAGGUUCACUGUACAUCAUUAUAUAAUGUUUCCCAGUUCACACAGAAUAACUUGAAACCAGAUUACCAUCAACAAAUUGCUAUAGUCAGUGGAAAUGCCAUGUGGCAACUAUCAGCACCGAACUUUAAUAUGAGAAAGAAGUUGUUAUAAUCCUAUUAUACGUUUCUUUGAAUUCAAUUCUAUUGGAAAAAAUACUGGUACUUCUGAUAUGCAUAGAAUUGCACUGUUAAUGACUGGAUCUAGUGUGAAAGAUCUGUGGAGCUAUAUAGUACAUGCUACUAUAGCUCUUUUCUACUGAAAUAAAAAGUGGCUCGGGUUUAUUAAUAAACAGCAUCUGAUAUAAGAUAAA